AUGUUCUAUCUUAGCGAGCUCAAGCAUACAGUAAGAGUGCCUUACCAUCUCCUUAACCUCCCCCUCGAAGAAGCCAUUAUUUCGGUGCUUCAAAAUGUGUUCUUGGACAAGGUUUUGGAAAAUCUAGGCCUCUGCGUAUCUAUUUACGACAUCAAAUCAGUAGAAGGUGCCGAAUAUGGCGCUGGGACCACGAGCUAUCAGGUAGGUUUUAGAAUUGUGGUGUUUCGUCCAUUUGUUGGUGAGGUCAUAGUUGCAAAUUUAAAAGAAUCUGGUGCCAAUGGCUUGCGCUUAACACUUGGAUUCUUUGAAGAUAUUUAUGUGCCUGCUUCAUUUAUACCAAGCCCCAACCGCUGUGAACCUGACCCUUAUGACAGGAAUCAAAUGAGAUGGGUGUGUAAAAUUGGAAAACCCAAAGAAGACGUUAUUAUUGAUGACUCCUGUCAGAUCAGGUUUCAAGUUGAGAGCAUUAGCUAUCCUUCAAAGCCUUUUACGCGAACUGAAGACGCAAAUCCUUUUGCUCCUAUGGUGGUCACUGGGAAUCUAUAUGGUGAUGGUUUAGGACCUGUUUCUUGGUGGGAGUCUUUUUAUGAGAUUGGUGAAGAAGAGUGA